AUGGAGACUUAUGAGGACUGGGGGAUGGAGACUUAUGAGGACUGGGGGAUGGAGACUUAUGAGACGGGGGGUUGGAGACUUAUGAGGGAGCGUGUGUGUCUGAUGAGAAGCUUCCAGAUGAAGAGCAUUAUGUCCUUCUCUCUGCAGCGCCCCCUGGCGGAAACUCCAGGGGACUUCAGCUCUCCGGCCUCAGCCUCUGUCUGUCUGGACAGUUCUGCAGCCAGACACAAGAGGGCGCUGCGACAGAAGGCCAGGGCCAAGAGGAGGCACCCAGGACCAGGACCAGAGCCAGGACCAGGACCAGAGCCUCAGCCGGACUCAGGACCAGACCGUCUCCAGGACUCAGAUGCCACAUCCACAAACGAUGUUCAGAAUGACACAGACUCCAAUGAGAGAAAUUCAGGAGACGUAGACGAGACACGAGAGAAGUCUGCUGAAGGGAGCGUCCAGAGAGAGACCCGACUGGACCCAAGACUGGACCCAAGACUGGACCCAAGACUGGACCCAAGACCAGCCCCAGAGCCAGACUUGGUCCUGCAGAAGUCUGAAAGCUCGCCUCCUGCGCCUCCUGCUGCUGAGAGGGAGUACCUGCUUGACCAUCCAGGACUCCUCUAUGGUUCUGAGGAGAGACUGCAGCUGUCAGAGGAGGAGGAGGGGGAGGAGGAGAAGGAGAAGGAGAAGGAGGAGAAGGAGGAGGAGGAGAAGGAGAGGGAGGAGGAGAAGGAGGAGAAGGAGGAGAAGGAGGAGGAGGAGGAGGAGAAGGAGGGGGAGGAGGAAGAGAAGGAGGGGGAGGAGGCGAAAGAGGAGGAGAAGGAGGGGGAGGAAGAGAAGGAGGGGGAGGAGGAGAAAGAGGAGGAGGAAGAGGAGUCACUCCUGCAGCAGGUCCUCAGCUCCCUGAACACUCCCUUGAGCCAUUUUAAUGCACCACUCACAGAUCACCAGCAGGAGGCGCCAGAGGAGGAACAGAAGAAACAGUUCUUCUCUGAAAGUGAAAGUAAACCUUGUCAUGGCGCCUUGGUCCUGUCACGAUCCUGCAGCGACGAAGGAGAGAGAGGAGAGGGAGGAGAGGGAGGAGAGGGAGGAGAGGGAGGAGAGGGAGGAGAGGGAGGAGAGAGAGGAGAGGGAGGAGAGGGAGGAGAGGGUGAACAAAAACAAGAUGAAGGAGGAGCAGAUGGUUGGAUGAUGGAGGAGAAGAAGGAGGUGACUUCAGCCUCAGGACUCAGGCGUCUAGACACUGAGUGGUUUGGAGAGCAGCUUCACGAGGAGGAGGUGACGGUACAGGAGGAGGAGGUGAACCAAGAGGAAGAGGAGGUGGAAGUCUGGGAGGAUGAGAAGGAGGUGAAAGUCCAGGAGGACAAGGAGGUGAACGUCCAGGAAGAAGAGGAGAGGGAUGAGAACCAAGAAGAGGAGGAGGUGAAAGUCCAAGAGGAGGAGGAGGUGAAAGUCCAGGAGGACAAGGAGGUGAACGUCCAGGAAGAAGAGGAGGGGGAGGAGAAUCAAGAAGAGGAGGAGGUGAAAGUCCAAGAGGAGGAGGAGGAGGAGGUGAAAGUCCAAGAGGAGGAGGAGGAGGUGAAAGCUUUUCCCAAAGCCCAAAACGUUUGUUGGUUUUUGGUGAAAUGUGGAGAAAAGAAAGUGAGGUUUUACCAAAGACCUGGUCUGAUGGUCUCCAGAGCCGGGGACAGCGCCUCCUCCUGGGCAGGUCCUGCACUGCAGCGGGAGGAGGUGCCAGUGGAGGAGGUCCCAGUGGAGGAGGUCCCUGUGGAGGAGGUGCCAGUGGAGACAAUCCCAGUGGAGAAGGUCCCAGUGGAGGAGGUCUCAGUGGAGGAGGUGCCAGUGGAGGAGGUCCCAGUGGAGGAGGUCUCAGAGGAGGAGGUCUCAGAGGAGGAGGUCCCAGUGGAGACAAUCCCAAUGGAGCAGGUCCCAGUGGAGGAGGUCCCAGUGGAGGAGGUCCCAGUGGAGACAAUCCCAGUGGAGGAGGUCCCAGUGGAGACAAUCCCAGUGGAGGAGGUCCCAGUGGAGGAGGUCCCUGUGGAGGAGGUGCCAGUGGAGACAAUCCCAGUGGAGAAGUUCCCAGUGGAGGAGGUCUCAGUGGAGGAGGUCCCUCUGGAGGAGGUGCCAGUGGAGGAGGUCCCAGUGGAGACAAUUCCAGUGGAGGAGGUCCCAGUGGAGGAGGUCCCAGUGGAGGAGGUCCCAGUGGAGACAAUCCCAGUGGAGGAGGUCCCAGUGGAGACAAUCCCAGUGGAGGAGGUCUCAGUGGAGGAGGUCUCAGUGGAGGAGGAACCGUCCGAGAAGCUGAAGCUGUGGAAGAGAAGAGUCUCAGGACUCCACCGGGCUCUGGACCUGGCUCUGGACCUGGCUCUGGACCUGGCUCUGGACCUGGCUCUGCACCUGGUUCUGGACCUGGUUCUGGACCGAAGCAACAGCAAGAGCCAGAUGAGUCCUGUUCGGUUUGGAGUCAGACUGAGAAGAACUGAGGCUCUGCAGAGAUUCAUCACAGAGCAGGAUGCAGAGUGCACCAGUAAAGGGAGGGAGGUGCUGCCCCCCGUGGACAGCUCUGGUACUGCACCAACACAGACACAACACCCUUCAACCCCGUUCAUCGGCAUAGAGCUGAUUGGCUGA